UCAGCAGGUGGUCACUUGGGUGAUGGACGUCGGUAUCACAUCAGACGAACACUUGUUUCCUCAUGGAACUUCUAACGGGCUAUUGAUGGUCAGUAGCGUGGCCAACUCCGGCCAGUAAAGAGAGGGUAGUGACAGAUCCUUGGUAGCGCGUGCUGGACACUGACCGUUUGGCGAACUCACAUCACAAGACAUAAUGGACGACUUGCCUCUUCACCUGCUGUCCGAGGAAGAUGAUGAGGAGACUGAGAAGGACACGAUCCGAUCCCCAGGAAGUGAUACAUUGUAUGAUAGGACAUACCCUACCUGGAUGCUGUAUCUCCAGCAUUUCUGUACCUGUGAUUGUUUCCUAAGAACUGACUCUUGUCCGUCGUGUAUUUCACCUACUGAAGACGAACUGGCGUCCAUAAUGGAUGAUGAUGUGGAUCUGUUGUGUUAUGAGAACGACAGCUUCCUCUACAAUAAACUUGACGUGGGGAGUCUUGUAGCAAAUGAUUUGACACAACCUAUGUCCACUGCUGGGUCUGUUGGUCAGAUGCUGGACAAGGGAUUUCCAGAUGAAGAGUCACAGAUUGACUUAUUGUGUGACCCUUACAUAGGUGGCAAUGCGACGUCACCUGGUUCCGACUCUCCUGGAUAUUCGUCAUCCCCACAAAUCAUUGUGUCUGUCCCCUUGCCCGACAACACAGACAUGUUUCAAAUCAGCCCAAAUCCAUCAGAAAGAAUAUCUCGCCAGAAAAGGAAGCGUUCUGAUGACAGUUCUCACCGUGAGACCAUAAAGGGGUGUUGCAACACAGAUGACCUCUUUUCAACCUUGAACAAAAUUACAUCACAACCCCAAGAGAGCGAUGAGAACGAAUUAAGAUAUGGGUUUUACAUCAAGUGUGAAGAUGGAUGAACUUUCGACAGACCAGUGAUGGAUGUGAACAUGUGUAGCUAAUUGAGUACACGUGUGUAGCUAAUUGUGUACACGUGUGUAGCUAAUUGUGUACACGUGUGUAACUAAUUGUAUACAGUUACACGUGUGUAGCUAAUUGUGUACACGUGUGUAGCUAAUUGUGUACACGUGUGUAGCUAAUUGUGUACACGUGUGUAGCUAAUUGUGUACACAUUUGUAGCUUAUUGUGUACACGUGUGUAGCUAAUUGUAUACAGUUACACGUGUGUAGCUAAUUGUGUACACGUGUGUAGCUAAUUGUGUACACAUGUGCAGCUAAUUGUAUAGUUACACGUGUGUAGCUAAUUGUGUACACGUGUGUAGCUAAUUGUGUACACGUGUGUAGCUAAUUGUGUACACAUUUGUAGCUAAUUGUGUACACAUGUGUAGCUAAUUGUGUACAAUUACACGUGUGUAGCUAAUUGUGUACACGUGUUUAGCUAAUUGUGUACACGUGUGUAGCUAAUUGUGUACACGUGUGUAGCUAAUUGUGUACAUGUGUGUAGCUAAUUGUGUCCCUACUUUGUAUACUGGUGGCGCUGUGUCAUUGGUGACCAAUCUUGGGUUGGUCCUAUACAAUUAGCACGAUUGGUCCUAUACAAUUAGCACGAUUGGUCCUAUACAAUUAGCACCUGUCUUUGACAUCUCAUCGGACAGUCAGGAAACAUACAUUUCAUGUUAAAAAGAAUUAAGACAUUAAUUAAUGGGUCGGUCA